CACAAGUUACACCUGCCAAAAAGUUGUCGAUUGGUGUGCAGCUCCUCAAGCCCAAGUCCCCGACAAUCAACACACACCACCAAGCACUUGAUCGUCUUCGGAUCGACAAUAAAAAUGGGUGACGCUACCAUCGAGGGAUCCCAGUGGCGCCUGGUUGAGGUCGGCCGCGUCGUCCUCAUCCAGGACGGCCACCCAUGCGCCGGUCGUCUGGCCGCCAUCGUCGAGAUCAUCGACCACAAGCGCGUCCUGGUCGAGGGCCCCUCCUCAAACCCCGAUCUCGUCGUUCCCCGUCAAUCGCUUCCCCUCGCCUCUGCCCUCCUCUCCUCCCUCGUUGUCGACAGACUUCCCCGUGGCGUCCGCCAUGCAGCCCUCAAGAAGUUCUGGCAGGAGGCCAACAUCGACGAGAAGUGGAAGCAGACCAACUGGUACAAGCGCCGGACUCAGAUCGAGCGGAGGAAGAACCUUACCGACUUCGACCGCUUCAAGGUGAUGCGCCUCAAGAAGCAGCGCCGCUUCGCCGAACGCACCGAGCUGGCUAAGAUCAAGGCCUCGGCGUAAAGAAAACAAAAAGGGA